AUGAUCAAGGGCCGACCAGCAGCCAGAAGAGGUAUCCUCUCAACUGUAAGCUCAGUCUACGAYCUAUUAGGAUUCCUUGCUCCCUUUAUUCUGAAGGCCAAUCAGAUCCUCCAAGAGCUCUGCAAGAUCAAGUCUGGCUGGGAUGAGCCCAUUCCAGAGGUACGCUGCAAACCGUGGCAAAAGAUGGCUCUCAGAGGUUUCCAGAUUCCAGAGUUUUUACAAUAUGAGACCCAGGAGGACAAGCUGAAGAGGGAGGCAUCAGCUGGUGAGCUUGAGUUGAAGAUGGAAAAAGAAUUAAAAGAGAUAUUAAGACAGGAGAUGAUGAAACAACUAGAGGAGAAAGACACACAACUGGAUGAUAUGACCCAGGAAGUGAGAGAGAAAGAGAGACUCCUGGAGGAGAAGAACCAGAUAAUGGGACAGAGGGAGAAACUAUUAGAAGAGAAAGAAAACCAACUGGAAGAGAAAGACAAGCAACUAGAGGAUAGAGACAUUCAACUAGAGGCACUGAGAAAGAACCUGCAGGACAAGAACAGCCAAGUAGAGAACUUCAGAGUCCUACUGCAGGAAAAAGACCUUCAACUAGAGGACAGCAACCACAGACAGAGCAUUGAGGAGUUUCUCCAAGCAGGAAGUCAGGACCUCCAGCAGCUUGUAGAGAAAAGUGGGAGCAGGUACCACGUCCUCAACAUUAAGGACAGGGCCCAUGGUACUCAGGUAUCAGAGCUGCUGGAUCAGGUAGAGGAGAUGGUGGCAGGAAACAAAUGGAGAUUCUACAGCAGUCAGACCUACCAGGAGGCAGAUACCCAGGUUAGAGAGAUGGAGGGAAAGAUCCAGAGAGAGAGAGGAGAGAGGAAACAGAGGGAGGAGAGAGACUUGAGAGAGAGGCUUCAGAAGGAGUUGCAGGACUCUCUGAAAAAGAUAGAGGGAGUGAUCCAGGAACAUGAGGGAGAUAUCAGAACACUCAGUGAAAUAACCAGUGAACUGGAGAGACAGGUGAAAGAAGAGAGGGAUGAGGAGAAGAAAAUAGAACUGGAGAGGGAGCUGAAGAGGGUGUCUGAUAGGAGGCAGGAGAUGGAGAGAAAGCUGGAGAGAUUUAGAGAGAAGACAGAGAAUGAGAGGAGGGAGAUGGAGGAGAGACACAGACAGGAGAUAGACGAGAUGAUGGAUAACUAUGAAGGAGGGGCCAGAGUUGAAGCAGAGAGAAACCUGAUGAAGAUAGUCCUACCUGAGUUACAGAGGAACAUCAUGAUCUCACAGACAAAGAUGCAGAGGGAGUUCAGCAGACAGAUGAAGGAGAAGAAUAGACAAAUGAACGAGAAAUAUAGACUUAUAGAGGAGAAGGAUAGAGUGAUUGUGGAAAGGGAUGGAGAGAUAGAGGGACUGAUAGAUAGACUGUGGGAGAUGUGCAAAUGAGUUAUUGUAACUAGCCUGAAGAAGUGCUGGGAUACAUGGAGAGGUAGAAGAAGAGAGAGGAAGAAGACAGGGAGAACUGAUGGAGAUCUGAGGAAUGUUUGGGCAGAUGUAACCUAGUUCACCAUUUCACUGAAUUAGCCUGACAACGAGGUUAGAGAUGAGAUGACU